GCCUGAGAAGAAUCUGUGCCAUUAUGGAGACAAAGUUGCUAAGAAGAGACGUUGAGAUCCUCCUGGAGGAAUACAUCGGACAGAAGCUGAGAGAGAUUUCCUUUGACCCCACUGGGAAAGGAUCCUCCACAAUGCUGGACGACCUGGCCCACUAUGACCUCGCCAUCAGCGUUGCUGCUUUUCGGACGGCGAAGGACCGGGGGAGUAAAUCACAUGACGGAGACCUCACCGGACGGGGCCGCAUGCCAGCAUGCACCGCCAUGUAUCGCAAUCGCUUGCAGCGGGAGGCCAUGAUCUUAUCAUCCUUUGCGGGCAUCGUCAUGAGCAGCCUGCCAGUGGAGGAGAUCUUGGCUUUGUACAAGUGCAAACCAGCUGCCUCGUACCCUGACGUGCACUCCAAGGCCUCAAUCGUGUGUCCCUUCACGCUCUCCUGCCACCCACUGGCCAUGCUGAGUUCCUACAAGGCCGUGCAACACUCCAGGAAACACAAUGAAACGUUGAAACAAUGGCUGUUUGAGAGGACAAAGUCCGGCGUCCCCUGCAGACCACGUCAAGUGUCGUCCUCGUCCUUCCUCUCCUCUUCCUCCCUCACCUUCCUCAGCGCCAGCAGUGACGGUCAUGAGGACAGCUGAGGGGGGGCCCACCACUCACAGCUGAGGGGUGGCCCACCACUCACAGCUGAGGGGGGGCC